CACCGAGAGACAUCAUAGUUUUUUUAGAACCUUGUGUUAUUCUUGCCUCAGCAAUCCGAUGUAGAAAGCCUAUACAUUUCAAUAGUCAACAACAGAAACAUUCCAGAAACGGCAAAUUGCAUUUAUUUAUUUUUCAGAAUGUUGGAAGGUAGCAAGAUCUCAACUCGCUGUUUGGAUGCACCAAGUCGACGUUUGUUCGAUUUCAAAACUAAAGAGCCGCUGCUAAGCCUGGGGCCCAUUACCUAUCUGAGACCUGUCUACACGUUUGAAUUGGCAAGUGAUUUGGAAAAGUGCUUAGAUCUGCUCACUUGCACACCUUCAGAAGAGUUCGAAAUGGACUUGUCAUUGCCUGACAUCAGGCUGAACACAUUUGCACCUAACAACAAACUAAAGAUAUUGCCAGAGAAAAUUGAUUAUUCAAAAUUGUUGUCGUUUGAGUCAGAAUCGGGUCUCGAUCCGGUGGAACGACUACCCAUAGCAGAACAGCAAUCUGUAAGGGGCCAGGAAGAGGACUGUGAAUUGUACUUUAUAGCUGAUGUGGAUCAAGGCUAUGCUGAGUUAAAGGAAGUAAUCGUUUCUGAUAAUAGAGAACCCCAAUCACUGGUGCAACCAAGUUCGGGAUUAUUCACGGGCCUCUUCAAGAAUAGAUUCCUUUCUUCAACGAGUAUGAGAAAUUUCUUCGGCGAUGCUAAUCAAAAGAGGAUCAGACUGGCAGGUCAUGGUUGUAGGAAGUGCAAACUAUUAACUACCGACGACGUGCGGUUAAUUUUGGAACAAAUGGACCAAGAUUUGCCACGGAAUUUAUCUGCCAUUUCCAGCACAGGCGUAACUACUCCCACAAAUGUGCAUUUAGCUGGGAAAAAAAUUAACAAUUUUCCUCUUUCGGUAUAUGAAGAAAAUAUUAAUUGUUGCCGACCAUCUCGCAAGUCGGAAGAGUUUAACAUUCCUGUUGAAAAUGAGACUGGGUUAAUUGAUCCUCUCAUAGAGGAAAGUGUUACAAGCUGUGAUAGUCCAAUAGACGAUACAGUUCCUGAUAACAUCGAGGUAUUUGUAAAUGAUAUCGUCUCAUCCAAGCAUCAUGCAGAGGAUCAGGAACUAAUCUUACAUCCCGUGGAAGUUAACAACGUUAUCUCGCUUAACGAGGAAGUGAAAGAUUCAAUUCAUAACGAAGGAUCUGUUAAUCCAGUAUUCAAAGAAUCUGAGAGUGAGUCCGACGUUGAACCAGAAGACAGCUUGAUUGGUAAAACUGAAGAUGAGAUGAUUGAUCCAAUAGCUAUUAAGGAAACUGGUGUGCAGAUAUUCCGCGAGCCGACGAAUCUUUUUGUUUUCGAUCAUUUAAAGCUUUGGAAGAAAAUAGGCGAAGGACGGAUUGAAAUUUGGAGGCAGCCUGAGUCUGGUAACUGUUACAUGCUACUCUGGGACAAGAACACAGGUAACCUACUCGUGCAUAUGCAGGUGGAUGGCAAAUGGAGCGUCAACUAUUUGCCUAAAAGCAGCAACAGUUGCCGUUGGGUGUACUACAAUUACGCUAACUGUCCAAAGGGAAUUCGCGAACCUUUGGCCUGUCGUUUUCGAGAUUCAAACGUAGCAUCUCAGUUUGUGCACACUGUGACUAAUUGUUUAGAUAAAACCAGCUUGAAUUAAGUUUAUUUUGUAUUAUGUUUUUUGGUGAUUUGAAUUUUAUUCUGUUGCCCGUUUUCGAAACUCUAUUGUACAAAUUAUGUUCGCUGAUUACUGUUGUGGGCUCUGUUGAGACACUAAGAAAAAUAAAAAUCGUUUGUAACUAAUUAAAUUAUUAUAAUUAUCGUGUAA